AUGGUUUUCCGUUUUUCUGCGACGAUUACUUUCCUGAUAUAUUGUGCACUGAGUGCGAAAAUACUUCAAAUAACUGAUAUACAUCUUGAUGUGGACUACAGCGUUAGAGGUGAUUCAAAGGAAAUGUGUCAUGAGAAAAGUAUGAAAAUCACUGCAAAUUUGGGACGAUUUGGGGAUUACAUGUGUGAUUCACCUGAUGUUUGUAAUUUUCGUAUAAUUUUUGAUCUUAAUGAAAAGAAUUUGCUUGAACAUUUGAUGGCAAAUGCUUCGAAAAUCAUAGCAAAUCCUGAUUUAUUGCUUCUUUCUGGUGAUUUUGUGCCACAUAUUGAAGAAUAUGACUUUAAUUAUGUACGUAAUGCACUAGAAAUAAUCACAAAUUAUACUAUGAAAUAUUAUCCAAACACAACGAUCAUUCCACUGCUGGGCAACCACGAUGCAGUACCUCCUAAUGCUUUACCUGAUCAUGAUGGUACUAUAUAUGAAAUUGCUUACAGUUUAUGGAAACAGUGGAUUGGAGAAGAAAAUGCAAUGUGUAGGUAUUUGAUUUGUGUUCAGGAAACAUUUCUGAAAGGUGGUUAUUACAAAUAUGAAUGGAAUGAUAAAGCUAUUAUUGCUGUUUUGAAUACGAAUUUAUAUUAUCGUUUCAACCCGGCCAUCAAAAAUUUCAAGAAUAAAACUGAUCCUGCUGGGCAGUUUGCUUUUCUCAAUCAUAUUCUGAUGAGUGCUGAAAAAGCUAAAAAAAAGGUCCAUAUAGUUGCGCAUAUCGCUCCAGGAGUUUUCGAAAAAUCACCGUACAUUAGUUGGAUGGAACCGGAAUAUAACCAGCAUUUAAUUGAUAUCACUAUUAAGUUUGCUAAUACAAUAGGUUGGAUGUUAUUUGGUCACCAUCACUCAGAUACUUUUCAUAUAGUCACGGAUUUUGAAGGAAAGCCAGUUCAAAUUUACUUAAUGGCACCGUCUGUCACACCUUGGUUCAGCAGUUUACCUGGAGCAGGUUCUAUAAAUCCAUCAUUCCGUGUUUACAUCAUGGAUGAUGGCACUCAGCAACUUAUUGAUGCAGUGUAA